UCCCCAGUAAAAAAAAACCUCCACAUAGUACUGAUGGAAAGCUAAGGCAGUGCUUUUGACUCUCAAGAGGCAUCCAAGAAUUCUAACACACAAUUAACAUGACAAUUCGACUGUGUAAUUAAUUUAUUGUCUUAUCACUUAUUUGUGGAAGAACAGCAAUGAUAGAGUGCGAGACGACACGUUGUCAGAAAGGAAAAUGUGUGUAGGAGAAACAAAGACAUCUACAAGGAUUCGAGAAAAAAAAAUUGUGGAAAACUCUGCCAAAAAAUUCUUCUCACGAAGUCUCUACUCUCAUCAUCGAUAUUUUUCCCCAGGAAAUGAAAGGCACUUUGAAAACAGUUAUUCUGGGAGCCUUCCUAAGCCUUGUAGCAGCUCAGACAGGAUGUGACUACAGACAGAAUCUCGUGGCCGGAAGGGUCUACGAUAUUUUUUCUCCAGGCUUUCCCAACAGAUACCGAGGUGAACAGAAUUGUAGAUGGACUGCCAUUGCACCGGCGGGAAUGACUGUUUUCAUCGAAUGCACUACUAUGGAGCUACCAAGGAGCACGAAUUGCAUCAACGACAGGAUUCUCAUCUCAAGGGAAGGAUUGACAAGUCUUGCCGGAGCUUCUGCAUUCUGUGGCACAACUCGAUUCACCGCGCAAUCAACUGGGAACACCUUGGUUGUGGGAUUUAGAAGUCCUCGAACAUCCCUCGGUGGACGAUUUCUGUGCAGAAUCUCAGCUAGACCUUGCCAAUGUGGCCAGAGACGUUCGUCUAGAAUUGUUGGCGGUACUGAGACAGGCAUAAAUGAAUUUCCGAUGAUGGCUGGACUGGUGGAUUCUCGGAUUGGUCAAGUGAUUUGCGGUGCUACAAUAAUUUCCAACAGGCACGCUCUUACAGCUGCCCAUUGUACUCGAAAUGUCCCCGUGACCAGAGCCGGACUUCUAGUUGGUGAACAUGAUCUAAGCACUGGCAGAGAAACCCCACAUACUCAACUUCUAGUUGUUUCCCGCUUCAUUGUCCACCCUUCCUACAACCCCAAUCCCAGUCGUAAUGACAUUGCCCUCGUACAGCCCAGUACACCCAUCAUCUUCAACGCCGGAGUGGCACCAGUUUGUCUCCCCUUUGCCCACAGUUCAUACACCUUUCAGGGAAUGAGAGUUGAGGCUACCGGAUGGGGGACAACUGACUUCGGAGGAAGACCUAGUACACGUCUGAGAAGAGUAACAUUGGAUGUAAUGGCGAAUUCUGUCUGCGCUUCGAGACUUCAGAAUACGAAUAUUCUACAAUCGCACUUAUGCACCUUUACACCUGGCAGAGAUGUUUGUCAAUAUGAUUCCGGAGGACCUCUUAUGUGGACUAAUCCUCGCAAUGGGCGACUUUACUUAACUUCUUUGGGAAGUUUCGGUGUUGAAUGUGGAACUCAACCUUCUGUUAACACUCGUAUUACCAGCUUUCUCACCUGGAUUCGGCAGAACACACCUGGAGUUCAGUACUGCAUUCCCUAGUCUAACACAGUAAAAGACGAAGAAUGAGGUUUCCUUGGGAACUCUAUAGGGAGAAGUAGGGCACCUUUGAAUUCGGGCAGCCUUUUAGGUUGGGAAUUUAGCUCCACAAACCAAUUAUAAGAAGCAAAAUUGUAUCCUUAAUUUCCUCAAUUCCUUUUAAAAACAGGAUAAAAAAAAGUCCAAUUUCAAAGGUACCCCAAUUUAAAGGUUCCCCACUUCCCCCUUGAUAUAAAACAAUAUUAUUUUGCUAUGUAUCGCGAGGAUUGUUAAAAACCUUUAGUGCUUUCAGUGAAUUUUAUUAUCUUCGCUGCAAAUACUUUACAGAGGUACUUUGUAUGUAAAAUUUAGCUUGCGGAGUAGAGUAAGUGCAAGUUUUGUGAUGCAAUCUUUCUAUUUUGUGAUACACAUUGGGUGAGUUAUUUGGGAAAAUUUGAAAAGGGAUUUAAAAUGCCAUUUGAAUGCUGUGUUUGCAUAUUUACUUGUAUUUCAGAGGAAAAUUUAUUGCUUGCAAGAAACCAUCUCACUUUUGGGCGGGAUGGCUUUCAUGUUUAGCCCAAUAAAAGUGUCUUGUGUGA